AUGUCUGCACCUAAUUUUAACCAGUCACCUUUAGGGUGGUUCUCUCCUCAACCAUCCCCAUGGCCUUCUCCUACUUACAACAAGUCUCCAAGUUCACCAACUUCAUCACCACUAUCACCGACUCCAAAUGAUUUUAAUUCUCCGCCCUCGCCUUCAAGAUGGGCUCCAUCCCCAUAUUACUCUUCAUGGGAACCAUCUUCUAGUUAUACGACAUCGUCUCCUCAAUCAGCGCCUGUACUUACACCUUCUUACCCUAACCAAUCCCCACCAUCACCUAUAGAAUGGUUCUCUCCUCGACCUUCCCCAGAGCCUUCGUCCACUUACGACGACAAGAAUGCUCCAACUUCACCAACUACAUCGCCACUAUCACCAUCUCCAUAUGAUAAUAGUUCACCGCCCUCACCUUCAGGAUGGGCUCCAUCUCCAUCACGAGCACCAUAUCCUAAUGAUAAAGUAUCUCCUCAGUCAUCGGUUGUACCUGUACCUGCACCUUCGUAUUCUGAUAAGUAUUCACAACAACCUUCUCUAUCACCACUUCCAAAUUACUAUUAUAAAUCACCAUCUCCUCCAUAUAUUUACAAUUCUCCACCACCUCCUCCCUAUUAUAAAUCACCAUCUCCUCCAUAUAUUUACAACUCUCCACCACCUCCUCCCUAUUAUUACAUGUCCCCACCACCACCAUAUAUUUACACUCCCACCUCCCUCCCUAUUAUUACUCCUCCACCACCAUACUACUAUAAAUCUCCACCUCCACCCCUCCAUCACCAUCACCCCCUCCUCCAUACGUCUACAAUUUGGAGUUUGCUCAGUAACGAGAAAAAUGAGCUGAGUGUUGACAUAAAAUAG